GAUCACAACACGGGCUGCAGAGACGCACAAGCAGCGAGGACCCGGAGAGGAAGAGCGCGGCUUUGCACCACUUUUAUCUGUAGCCAGAGGAUGACAGCAACCAGUCCUGUCUGCAGCCCCGCAUCCUCCCACUCUUCCCAGUCGUCACCUGUUUGCCUCCCAGCAUGCUGCAGACACCUGAGGAUAGACAAGGCCUUCCAGACCAAGCUGCACCUGCGCUCUGCCCCGGGUGUGUGGCUCCUGCUGGGCGCGAUAGUGGUUUUGGUGGGGAUGGCUGUCGUGGUGGUGGGCUACGUGUCCGCAGUUCAUAAGCCCAUCAAGGACACCCACAUUAAAAGGAUGAAGCUGGUCGGGCCCGUGGUCAUGGGGUUGGGCCUGUUCAUCUUCAUCUGCGCCGCCACGCUGUUGUACGAGAACCGAGAUCAGGAAGUCCACAGACGAGAGACACCUGAUGACCUCAAGGAUCUGAAGGGAGGAGACGGCUCGGAGGACUCGCAGGAGCAGCCCAGCUUCAGCUGUCAGGAGCAGUGGGAGUGUAAAGAUGGGGAGCAGGGAACCUGGGCCGCUCCGACCCACGUACUCCCCCUCUCAAACCAGAACUGUUGUCCUACUCUUCCUCCAUCUCACAGAAACACGCACAACAUCAUCAGCAGGUCUUCACAAUCGCUUCCUUCGGAUGCAGGAGGUAGAGAUAGAGAGGAGGAGGAGGAGGAGGAGAAGGAAGGAAGGGCAACUCUGCUGGCCCAGGUUCAGCACCACCAGGAGCCAACCCCUCCCCCUCCCUCCCCCUGCCCGUCCAUCUCCCACUCCUCAGUCUACUCAGACUCCUGCAACUCCAGCGAAACAAACUUCAACGUACGGACAGGCUUUCCUCAACACUGAACCUCCCACUGGUUCAACUUCUAACUGUCUCAUAAAAUAUGCAUGAUGAGAUUCAUUUUGAAGCUUCACGUGCAGACACACACACUUAAGACAAGACAUUCCUCAAUAAACCGAUGAAAUGCUUGUUGGUAUGUUUUAGUGCCUCCGAGUGGCGCAGUGGCUCUGAGUCAUUGUCUGUGAAGGGUGUUUUUGUCCCACUUCGUUCUCUGACUCACCCACGUUUGGAGCUAUGCUCUUUGAUGUCAACUCGCCAUCUUGUUGUCUUUGAACUCACCCAUGCCCAAAAUCCCAAAAGCCACUGCUUGUUUGACCAUAUUUGGAUGUGAGGAGGAUUGCUGAAAACUUAUUAGGGGGCCAUACUGGGAGAUGGACACACUCACUCUCUCACACACACAAACACACACACACACAUGCAGAGCGUUUACUUUCCUUGCUUGAGAGGUUUAGUUAAGAGGAUGAGUACGAUUAGGUCUUAAAUGAGUCUUUUUCUAAUCUCACACAUACUGUUAUCUGCUCUUUAUCUGAGGAAAUUGUGUCUAGGUAUAAACAAGGGAAGCACACAAGGCCACACUCCUCUCAUUCGACACCUACGGCCACGCUAUAAAUACCAGCUGCUGCUCUGUACACAUCAUGCAUGUGUGGAUUUGUGUUUCAGUGUUUUACUGUAAUUCAUUUUUUUUUUUUAUUCACAGUGUCAGCUGUUCAGUUUUCUCUCUUCUCUCGAGCGUGGCGAAGCGAGAUCUUAAAGAAUUUCAAUCAGAUGGUGUAAAGAAAAGAGCAAUGAAUGAAAAAAAAAAAUCAAAAUCUGGUGAGGCUGUUAUGAGUUAUUUCUGACGCAGCUUAACUGAGAAAAAGCGGCCCUAUGAGUCGUGUAACUGAAGCCUCACUCUCCCACCAUCCCGACCUUUCAUCUCCUCUCGCUUCAUCAUCUGAUUCCUACGCUUUAUUCAAAUGCACCCGUCCUCCAUCUCAAUCUUUGGCUUCUGCAAAACAGAAAAAUAGAGCAAAAACAACGCAGAGACAAAUGUUACCGGGCCCAAUUAAGCGAAAGCGAGCAUGUUUGGAACAGCCUGAGAGGUAAAAGGGGGUACGAUUUUAAUUAUCGCCAGCAUUUUCUACUCCAGCCUCUAAUUACACAGGGGAUCAGUCUGAGGAGUUUUAUAGGGGCUCUAGGACUGCAGAGUAUUUCCUUGUUGUUCGGGCCCAUGCUGGGAUCCUGCCAUCCAGAUGACGACGGAGACUUAAGCAUUUAGUAAUAUGCAACCAUUCAUUUCACUCGCUAGAAACAGCACCCAUCUCCCUCUUACACACACACACACACACACACACACACACACACACACACACACACACACACACACACACACACACACACACACACACACACACACACACACACACACACACACACACACUCAGUUGAAGGUUUUGUGUAGGUACAUUAUGCCGUUUUAAGAUGCUGGGUUUCAGUAGCAGGUAUGAGUCGGGGAGAUGUGUCUGAAUCUUCACUGAAUCUUGCAACAAGCUGCAAGCACCCUCCUUCGCACUUAUCGCUCGGUAAAGCAGCUCGCUUUCUCUCUCUCUCACACGUACAGGAGUCCUCACUGUGAGAGAUGCUCUGAUGUGUUUACAUUUAGAGGGAAAUAUCUGCAUGUAUGUCAGAGCUGCAACCAAAGGUUAUUACGGAUUAUUCUGCUGAUUAAUGUCACAAUUAUUAUGAAAUCUUUCAGUUUAUUAGGUUCACCCAUCUUAAUCUAAUAGGGUCAUAUUAAAAAAACCUGCCAUAAGCUAUCUUCAUGAAGGUUACUGUUUAAAUUAAGUGUUGAUUCCACUUUGUGGUCACUUUGCAGGCUGCAGUGUGUAGUAGUGUUUAUACUGACAGUGUUUCUAUUAUUUUGUCCACCCCAUUUAUAUCAAAGAGGGUCGACUAAAAAAAAGACACCACCAUCACCACAAAGUACAUCCCCCAAAAUGAUUAUAAAGAAAAAAGUCUUUAAAUUACUUUAAGCUGGUGUUUUGUAAAAAAAAAAACUACUGAGCUUACUUUCAUAUUAGACAGAGAAAAAACAACAAUCCUCACAUUGCUUAUGAAAAGUUACCCCAACGAUUAAUCAACUAGGCAUUUCAGCUCUGUCAAUAGCAGGAAUAGUUUGUCUCCUGGGUCUUCAUAUCCAUGUGGCAUAUAGUUUGAUUUACCCAGCAUCGAUCCUCUUUGAAUCUGACAUUAAACUGACCAGAGGGAAUUUCCUCGUCUUUACUCUCACGCACAGCAGCACUGCAGCAUCUGAGAUUACACGAAAUCCUUGAGGUGUACAUCAGUGUUGUUACAUAAUUUAGCAACGCACGUUUUUUUUUUUUUUGCUGCAUUGAGUAUAUAACUGAAUCGAAUCCCCCCCCUUUGAGAGCUUAAUGUGUUUGUGUGUUGAUACAUAUCUAUAGAGAUGGAAGGAAGGCUGUAAGCAGCUUAACCCUGCGCUGACUCAGGACACUCUGCUUCUUAAAAUAGAGAGGAGCUAUGAUCAACAUUUUUUGCUAUAAAAGAUUUGAGUGACUGAGGAUCAACCAAGCGGAAAAAAAAAAAAGUGAGAAGCAUCAGCUGGAUGUAGAAAUGUUUUCCACCACAAACGAGGAGUUUUAACAUACGUCUACAUCUGACAUUCAGUACUUCAUGAAAACAAAGGGAUGAAUUAACAGCUUGGUUUUAUAUGUAACAUUCACAUUGUAUCUUCUGGUACAACAACCUAAUAAACCAAAUGACAUUUUCUGACAUUAAAGGCGAUAUUAAAUCUUUCUUGUGGCUCGGCUACACAUCCCACAACUCAUGAUUUUAUAAUUAGCUAAUAAUCACCUCACCCUCGUAGCAGGUGUGAUCCGUACGGGACAAAUAGCAGGUCAAUUCCUGAUCUAAUCCAAUUUCAGCUCCUCUUCCGGUCUCCUCAGCAGUCCUCAUGGUGCAGUCAAUGGAAGAAGUACCACGCUCAAAAUGAAAGGACUAAUAUUCUGUGUUUUUGCCAUCGUGGUGCUCACACCUGCUCAAGGUGAGGAAGAGGAGCAACUAGAGCAGCGUAUGGCGUCAGUUCGAUUUGAGCAGGAGUUUCUGGAGUGUUUCCGUUGUGACCUGGGCUUCUGGGAUACCUGCUAUACCACCCAAACCAACUGCAGCGUCGGCGAGCGCUGCUACACGGGCCGAGGGAUGGCAGCUGAUACUCUGGACGUUAAGACUUUGGGAUGUGUGAAGGCAGACGAGUGUGAUGUGGAGA